UACUUCCCCACACCGAUACUCCUCGCAAAGUUAAAUGAGUACUGUCUUCAGGCCGUAAAAUUUGGAAAGUUGUCCAACAAGCGCGACCUACCCUGACUUUGAGGGAAUCAGAUGUUUUGUACCAAUUUUAUUUAAUUCUUUCUUUCUUUCUUUAUUUAUUAAAAUACUUAUCUAUUUAUUUUGGAAAUGAAACAAAAAAGUCUGUGGUAAGUGGGAUUAUUUUCAAUGAACCCCAGGAAAUUAUCUUAAUGCUGUACGCUCUAAAAACGCCUGCACUAUGGUUCCCUCCUUCCUAAAUUCGGGUGAGGGAAAACGACUGUGCUGUGCAUGUUAGAAAUCAAAAAUGAUUUGCGUCUAGCACGAUGCUACAGGCUACACAAAUUAUUCCUUGUGAAUCAGUGAUGCUUACCUUACAAAAAAUGACUCAGCAGAGCCAGAGCAUGCGGACUGGCUGUGUUCGAGCGUGCUGAUGAGGAGACAGAUGUGGUAUAAUAUAUGGCAUGGCGAGAUAUAAUCAAGCUUUGAUCAGGUUGAUAAGUGAGAGAGAUUAUUAAAAUGAGCAAUGUCCAAGCAAGCCCCGAGGAAGAUUGGGAUGCAGAAUUUGAAGAGGCUGCCUCCAUUCCAGGGUUUAAGUUGAACUUAGAAACGAUCAGCAAAGCCUGUGGUUGGAGCAGAAAUGAAGAACAUAAGAAAUUAAAAGAGUUCACAGAAGAAAUAUCUGGUUGGAGCAGGUCAGCUGUUCACAAUGGACAUAUUAACUCAGGAGACCAUUGUGCCACAGGUCAAACUGAAGAAAAAACUCCAGUUAUUGUACCCUACAAAAUAUUUGUGGGGAAUCUGAGCUACAGAGUAACAAAGAAGCAAGUAAUCCAGUUUUUCAGCAAAUUUGGAAAAGUAGAAAAUAUCCACUUCAUCACAGAUCACAAGUCUCGUAGGAGAAAAGGAUCAGCUUUCAUAAAAUUUAGUUCCCAAGAUGCUGUUGAAAAAGCUGUAAGAGCAACUGAAGAGCAGCUGUUUUAUGACGGCCGACAGCUAAGAGUAUUCAGAGCCAAUGAGAAGAAGAGGGUUCUAGAAAGUAGGAAUACACCUUACAAUAUUCAAUCCAAGUUAUCUGGUGAAGAAGACAUACAUGAGGUUGAAAAAAGAGAAGAAAGUAUUGAACAAGAUGAAAGUACACAUAGUAACGUAAACACAAAAUUACAGGAUCUGGAUGAUGACACAUUGCUUAUUGUGUUUGCACAACUGCCUCUCAGGGAUAGGGUUAGAAUAGAAAGAGUUUGCAUCCGUUGGAGAUAUUUAGCCUUAAAGACUUGGCAGUCUCUAGUUACUUUAGACUUCAAGCAUGUUUUUCAAAGGUUUGGAGAAGGUUUGACUGACAAAAUCUUAAUGACCCUGCUUAAGAAAGGCUGUCCCAACCUUAGGUAUCUUGAUAUCUCCAGCUCUCCUUACAAUAUGACAGACUGGGCAUUAGACAUAAUUGGAGAUAACUGCCCUAGGCUGACACAUCUAGAUUUGAGUGGUGUCCCAUGUACUAGUGCUUCUCUCAGGAAUCUCAGUCAGAAGUGUCUACAACUUCAGCGAGUGAAACUUCAAAAGUGUCAUGGUGUUGGAGAAAAAGGCCUUUGGUGGUUAUUUCACCAGUGCAAAAAGCUGACAUUUGUAGAUCUAGAAGGGAAUAAAGUUCUAACUGGACAGUGUUUCCACAUGAUGGGAGAUCAGAUAAAAUGCCUUGUCCUAAAUGGCUGUUCAAAGUUGAUAGAUGUUGGGUUAGAAAAGCUUGACCGCUGCCCAAAGCUGCAAGAGCUACAGUUGAAUGAUUGCAUCAGUCUGACAGAUAAAGGAUUGCAGAAUAUAGCAGAGUUUUGUUCAUCUCUGACAACUUUGAAGUUAGGAGGGUUAUUUGGAAAAACAUCACCCACUGGGCUCGCAGUGGUAGGCAGAUUAGAAAAACUGGUGGAUUUGAAUUUGUCCAACAACACAAUGGUUACAGAUACUGUGCUUAAUGCGAUAUGCAGAGGUUGCAAACAGUUAAGGAAAGUCAAUAUCAGCAGAUGCUAUCAGAAUUUGACCACAGUAGGCUUAGAUAUCCUGGCCAGUCUUCCCUGUCUGGAAACCCUGAUCAUUAGCUAUCUACCUCAGGUCAGUGAUGCAACUGUUAAGUUGUUGGCUCUAAGUGGUACAUUGAAAACAGUUGAAGCAAGAGCUUGUGCAUCAAUUACAAAUCAGGGAUUGGUUUUCUUGGUUGAAAACUGCUGCAAGCUUAAACAUCUGGAUAUAAGUGGAAACUUUCAAAUAUCAGAUCAAUUUCUUGAAGAAGUUUUAAGAAGUUGUGACAGAGGGCAUAGUUCUCACAGUUCCAGCUUGGAAAUAGUACUAGGAGGUACAAGUGUUGGAAAUUAUUCAACAAGGCAGCUAGAGAAAGCCUCCAUUUCUGUCAUGCAGCAAGAUUUCUCUGACAUACACAUGAGGCCUGACAGAGAUCUAUAUUUCAACUUGGGAUCAGAUGAUGAAUAUAUAGACGAAUCUACAAUUGAAAUGGAUAAACCCUUUGGAGUAGACAGUUUUGUUGAGAACUAUUUGUAUGAAGAUGAUCCCCUGAUGGAGGAAGAGUGGGACAUGUCAUAAGCAGGUGUCCAAAACUGCUUUUAAAAAAAGUUUCUAUUAAAAACUAUAUCUGUAGAAUUUAUGAUGCAAAUAAACACAAAAAUAUCAUAAGCAGAUUGAAAGACUUCUUGGAAAAGGCACCAAUAUUACUUUCUGUUAUAGUAAAGAGAAGUUUGUAAAAAAUGUAAACACGUUAGGAGAACAUUAAAAGAAAGCCAAAAUAGCACAGAGAAAGAUUUUAAGUUGCUGCGAUUUGAGAAGUGAUCACAUCUUAGUGAAUUUAGAGAUGCAAAUCACCCUUGUAAAAGAUAUUUAAGAAAUUAUCAAGCCUUCAUAUUCAGUAUUGUGUCAAGAAACUUAUUUAUGUCAUACAAAAUUGCUUGUACAUGUAUAAGAAAGACCUAUGGCACUUAUUGCUUACUGGUUUCCAAAUAUGAUAAAUACAACAGUGCUGUGCAAAAUUUUGUCUUCAUUUUAAUAAAAUUAAAUAUUUUAUGUUGUUUUACAUGCAAUAUUAUAUUGCU